GAAAUGGACCGUGGUGGCAGGAUUACUAGGAGAAACCCGACGGGCCGUGUACCAGUGGAGACUGGACAGGGCAAUCGAAGGACCUCUAGGGCAUCUGGAGGAGCUGGCCGUGGAGGCCGAUCACAGACCGUGAGUGACGGUCAUGUUGACACAGAAAGUGAAACCUACUGGUCCUAUGAGGACUCGACUUACCAACCGGAGACCGAGCCGGUUGAGACCCCUUACGAAGGGGAUGACGAUGAUGUAAGUGAUGAAGAAGGGGAGAAUGACUCCCUAGCCAGAAUUGAGGCGCUGCUCCAGCAAUAUCAGCGGGAGCGCGCAGAAAGGAGGGAACGCCGAAGGCGCCGAGGAGGGCGAACUUCGGGAGGGGCUUCAAGAGGAAGAAGCCAUGGCGACUCUAGGGCCCACAUUGAACCACAUGGGGGCCGGGGUGAUGGAGGUCCGAUCAUAAGGAUCUCCAAAUACCUCAAAGAGGCACGAGACUUGGGGUGCAAACCCUUCAACAGAGCGGGUGACAUCUCGGUCGCCGCGGAAUGGAUCAAGAGGUUGAACGAAGCAGCCCUUGAUAUGCAACUCACCCCCGAAUUUAAACUAAGGGUGGCGGUGAGGUUGCUUGAAGGGAUGGCAUCCACAUGGUGGGACGGAGCCAAAGGAAAGUAUGGCAAUACCGUGACUUGGGAGGAUUUCCGACAGGAGUUCUUUGCCCAAUACUAUUCUGAUUUUGAGGUGAACAAUAAGAGGAGAGAGUAUACCCUCCUGACCCAAGGUGGCACGAUGACGGUGAGGCAACUUGAACACAAAUUCAGGGAACUCGCGGAAUUCAUACCGGAGUACAUAUGUGAUGAAAACCGGAUGGUGAACCAUUUCUGGGAUGCCUUGGACCUUGACAUACGCGAGAGGGCAACACAAUUGCCUAAUAUGACGUUUAGUCAAGUGGUCGAACAAGGCCUGAAAGGAGAGAAGGAGUGGGAGGAAAGAAAACGAAAGAACGCCGAGGAGGCAAGGAAGAGAAAAUGGGAGAGUCACGGCUCCCAAGGUUCCAACAAAAAGGGGAACCAUGGAGGGGGAUCUUUCCGUGCACCACCGCCACCGUCUAGGGGGAACCAAGGCCCGAGUGGGCAAGGCUCGAGGUCACAAACCUCGGUGGUAACUCGUUGCAACAAUUGCAAAAAGAACCACUCCGGUAAAUGUCGCGACCCCCCUAGAUGCUUUCAAUGUGGGGAUGUCGGGCAUCUGAAGGCGCAUUGUCCACAACUGGGCGGGGCAAGGACAUCGGGACCAAGCAGUGGUCCGACGAGUACACGGAAUCAGACCGGGGCUUCUCAAGCAAGCAGAGGGCAAGGGGGAGCAAGCACGAGCAACGCGCCAUCCGUGAACCAAGGAAGAACCCAGGCUAGGGUCUAUGCGAUGACGGAGGCGGAUGCUCAAGCUAACCCGGACUCCGUUGCAGGUUUUGCAGAUGUCCUCUACAUCUGUUAGAUGCUCAGCAUGCUUAUCAGAGGACCAUUGGAGAUCAUCCACAGCAUCAGAUAGCUCCUGAAUAGCCUUGUCUUGAGCAGCGAGGGUCAGAGAUUGAGAGAAGAGAACAGUGUGUACACUGGCUACCUCUGAUGCAAUGUUGUUGUAAGGAAUAAAUGUAAUUAGAUUUUGAUGAUGCUAUAGGAUUAGAAAGUUAGAUUACCCCCAAAUUAGAUUUUAUGUAUUAGACUUUUCAAUUGUAAGUAUUAGUAUAGUCGACGAUCAGAGUUGCUCUUUUUUGGAUCAGAUCAGAAGUGCAUCAGAACUGCUCGACCAGACUUGCUCUAUGAGAACUGCCCCAUCAGAGUUCUCUUAGCAGAAGUCCAUCAGAGUUGCACCAUGAGAGUUGCUGAUAAACUUGGACAUCUGAUAGCCGAUGAGAACUACAGAUCAGAGGUACUCAUCAGCGGACCUAUCAGAGUCAAAGUUGGAGUUCAGUCAGAGAUCAGAAGUCCAUCAGAACUCAACUCAUCAGAAAGCCAUCAGAAUCCAACACAUCAGAAGAGCCUGAUCAGAGCCCGACUAACACUUAGAAGAUUUCAAGCAACAUCCAACAGCUAUGAAUCCAACGGGUAAAAACAUCCAACGGCUAGAAGACUGUGCAUGAAAGGAAAGCAUUUAAUGCACAUUAAAUGAGCCUGAUGCGCUGAAGGAUUGAUUGCAAAUGAUUGACCAAAGAAUCCGGGAAGAUAUAUUAUAAAAAUAGAAACCUUCCAAAACGGCGGUCAAGUCAACUGUACGCGCAUUUAAUGCAGUUGUCUCCUCCUCCAACGGGCAGACAACCCCAGUAUAUAAGCUACUCACCGAAGAACUGGAAAACUAACUUUGCCAAGAAUUCUUGAUCCAUUCCUGAACAUACUUCUUGAGAUUUAACCUUCAUAACUACUACGUUGGGAAGAUUCAAACUCCAAAUCUCUCAUCCCCAACAAACGAGCAAAGUUCAUCCUGUUCUUCAACUCUUCAAGAACUUCAUCAAACAUCAUUUGUGACGAAGCAAGUUGGAGGAAAAACUUUGUUUUUCAAAGGAUCUUCUGAAAAGAAGGGCGUCCAAGUAACUGCAGUAGUGAAGUGGUGAUACUUCCGGGAAGCUGAGUGAAAGGACCAGUCAUCAGGAAGCAGGAUUGCAUCCCGGGUGACAACUAGGCUUGAAGAAGGCGUGGAGAACUUCUUAAGUGCUAGGAAUUAGCUUUGUAACCGAUCUACUUCAAAG